AUGGGCCUCUACCGCCAGUCGUCGGCGCCGUCAGACGUGCGCGAGCCGCCCACGCCCCAGUACAGCGUCUUCUACUUCGACAAGGCUCACCGGCUGGCGUGGUGCCCGAUCUACAAGGCGGCGUCCACCACCUGGCUCUACCACUUGUGCGUGCUGAACGGACUGGCCGAGCGCGACCUGGCCGCCUCCAAGAAGCAGCUGAGCGAACUCGCGCGCUCCGUGCUGCCCGAGCUCGACUUUCUCGAGGCGGAGGAGUACGCGGACGACCACUGGAUCCCGUACCACCUGUACUGCACGCCGUGCCUGCUGCAGUACGACAUCCUGGCCAAAGUGGAGACGUUGCAGCGGGACCAGGUGUACGCGCUGCGCUCGGCGGGCGUGCUGGGCGAGACGCAGCCGCGCUGGAUGCACCGCGUGGGAGGCGACCUGCGCGUCGCCAAAGCCUACUUCUCCCAGCUGGACGCCGCGCUCCUCAAGCAGCUCCACGCCAAGUACGCGCUCGACUUCGAACUGUUCGGCUACUCGCCCGACGAGUACUUCGCUAUGGUGCAAUCGUAG